AAGGACUGCUUUGUUUGGUGCAAGGCGGUGUGCGAAUACGAGGCAUCAACAGCAACGCCUCAGCAGUUCCUCCUCCUCCUCCUUCCUCUCCCCACACAGUGUCGUGAUCGCACAGCAUACAGCAUCAGUGCGAUGGCUUCUCGACGCAUCCGGCGUCGGUCCAGCUUCUGGGGCGGACAGCCAGAGCAGGUGGAGCCAGGAACGCGCCUGGAGUCUUCUCAACAAGGCCGCGUCGCUGCUCAGAUUGGCGCAACAAUGAAACGCGGAGGUGCGCGUGUGGCGAAUGGCAUGGCACGUUGGUUUGGCGUGGCUGGCGACAACGAGGAUGCGCGGUACCGACACUACCAAUACCAGCAGCACAAGAUCCAGCAGCAACAGGCCCGCCGAAAUGAAGGCCAGGGCCGCCUUCGUGGAGAACAAGGACAAGGCAACCUGGAGCAACUGAACGACAUCUUGGAGUCCUCUGACGAAGACUCGGACUACGACGCAGACAAACACGAGCACGACAUGAUCUACAAUGUGGACGAAGGCCUGCUGCACUACCGCCAGCUGCGCGAUGAAGAGAACCGCAAGAUUGUCAAGCCCGGGUGGUUUGGCGGGCAGGUCAACCGUAACCGCCAGUCCGUACAUGCAGCCGGUCUUGCUGAUCUGCGACGAAAGACAAAGCACCGCCGCGUCUCGCGCGUGCGCAGGGACACGCUCGUGCAGGCGCAACUUGAGGCCAUGCCCACAUACUCGCCCAUCUUCAUCGAAAUCAUCACCUUUGUGCAGGUGCUGGUAUUUGUGUUUCUGUUUGCAUACGCAUACACGCAGAACGAAAUUGCAGAAUUCGGGUUCACCGACAACUCGGUCACGUGUGCAGCGGACACCACGCCCCAGUGCGAGCUCUUCAACGGCACCCUGAAUAUUGGCUCUGUCGCCACCAAGAAGCGAAACUUCCUCUACGGACCAACGGACGAUUUGUUGCUGGGAGUUGGAGCAAAGUUCUCUGCGUGCAUGCGUGACGAUUCCGAGUUGCGUAAGGACGCGUUGGCCACGCGGGCCAAGGAGUGCGGACCGGGGCGUGAUCCGCCAAACACGUGCGAGGGCGGAACAGAGGGAUACGGGUGCUGCACGCUUGACUCUGGUCGUGCUGGUAUGACGUCACGCGAUGCCUGCAUGCAAUCUGGGGGCACGUGGGAGGACCGGCUGUGCACCAGCGCCGACUUUGUCUACAUCCGGCCGUGUUGCGGGGUUGGUGGGUACGCCAAAUGCGCCAUCAUGACGGAGAACGAGUGCGACUUCCAGGGCGGGACGUGGCAGAUUGACCAGGUGCUCUGCUCGGAGACGCUCUGCCUCGCCGACACGUGCCAGAUUGAUAAGGUCGGGCUUGGCGUGACGGCUGACCCCGAGGUGCCCAAUCUGCCAAAGAAUCCCAAUCAGUGGUUCCGGCUGUUCACAUCUCUUUUCAUCCACGCGGGCGCCAUCCAACUCGUCAUCAUCAUGAGCAUCCAGUGGUAUGCUGGGCGCCAGAUUGAAACACAGGCCGGGUUUCUUCGCACGUUUCUCGUGUAUUUCAUCAGCGGCGUCGGCGGCACCACCAUUGCAGCCAUCUUCUCUCCAAACCUCGUCACCACGGGCGCCAACCCGGCCGUGUAUGGGCUGCUCGGCUGCGUUCUUGUUGAGCUGCUGCAAACGUGGCAGCUGUUGGAGAAGCCAUGGCUGCAGUUGUUGAAGCUUGUUGCGAUCAUUGCGUUUCUGCUGCUCGUCGGGACACUGCCCUUCCUCGACAACUGGUCGCACGUCGGCGGUUUUGCGUUUGGUGUUGUGGCAGGGAUUGUGUUCCUGCCCUACAUCACCUUUGGCGAGUGGGAUGUUGCUCGCAAGCGGCUGCUCUUCUUUGUCUGCUUUCCUCUCUUGAUUGGCAUGUUCAUUGCCGCGUUUGUCACCUUUUACCAGAUCCAGAACACCAACUUCUGCUCAUGGUGUGACUACGUCAAUUGCAUCCCGUACUCCCCCGAUCUCUCCUGCAACACAUGA